AUGCUCUUUGCUCGCCUUGUUCAUUUUAUCGAUACGUAUUCUUUCCUCGCCGUCCAAUCCCCUCUUGGACUGGGACACGCUAUACCUGCUAGCCAGGCUCUCGAUUGGGAUGCCCUGCGGAAGGAGGUCGGCGGGAGACUGUUCCAAUCGACGCCAUUUGCGGAAGCGUGCUUCUCUGAGUCUUUUAAUUCGACUGAGUGCAUCACUGCUCGCAAGGACUACCUUGACGAAGAGGUUCGAACCAAGCACCCUGCUGGAUACACUCAGACACAGUGGGAGACAUGCCAGGCUACAAAUCAGCAAUGCCUCCUCGACUAUCGUACCCCAGACAAGCAAGACCCAACGGUUCCUUCCAACCAAUGCCUCCAAGGAAGCGUGCCCGGCCAUUUCGUCCGUUUCACUGCCUACCCUGUCUCGAUCGACGUCCGCCAGCCAAGUGACAUAUCCGCAGCCUUCAAAUUCUCGAAACUGGGCCGGAUUCCAUUGGUCAUCAAGAACACGGGUCACGACUACAUGGGGAGGAGCAGCGCCCCCGGUUCGCUUGCGCUAUGGAUGUCGUACCACCCAGCAUUCGUCCCGGACGGGUGCCAUGUCCCAGCGGCUCCGCGGAGCGCAAUCACACUCGGGGCCGGCGUUCAAUGGGGCGAAGCAUACGCAUUUGCCGAGAAACACAACGUGACGGUUGUGGGAGGUGCGGACAAGACGGUGGGCGCGGUAGGCGGGUGGCUCCAGGGCGGCGGUCAUGGUGCGCUCUCUAAUACAAUGGGCCUUGGGGUCGACCGUGUCCUUCAAUACAAAGUGGUGACGCCUGACGGCCAGCACCGAGUCGUGAACGAGUGUCAGCAUGAAGACCUCUUUUUCGCGCUUCGCGGUGGUGGAGGAGGCACUUUCGCCGUCGUGACCGAAGCGACCAUCCUCGCCUCCCCGCGCGUAACACUCCAAACUCUCAUCCUCAUCUUACCCAAGAGCUCCAGCGGCGACAGCUCCCUCACUAAAGAGAUGUGGACGAUUCUCGCCGACAACUCUCUGCGCUGGUCUCGGGUCGGCUGGGGCGGGUUCUCGAUGGCGGAUGUCGUUGUGCUCGUCAACCCGAUUCUCGGCGCUGCCGAGGCCGCCGAGAGUGUGGCGCCUCUGACAGAGUUCGCGGGCCGGGUCGGCAAACAGGGAGUCGAGGGCGUGCAGGUGAGCGUAAGAGAGUUUGGCUCGUGGGGUGGGUUUUUCGAGGUGUUCAGUCGCGAUUUCGUUGCGACAAUUGGCUCCAGCCUCGCCCUCGCCUCGCGGCUGGUCCCCAAGUCCUCUUUCUCCACCCCUUCUAGACGAUCUUCGCUCGUCAAUGCGCUCCUUUCAGCGGAUGCCCAAACGCCGGGGCUCAUCAUGCUCAUGACUGCUCCCGCUUCCGUGCCCUCUUCCGGCCUGACGAGCGUUACUGAGGCAUGGCGCUCGAGCAUGUACCACGUCACCGUCGUCGCUCCAUGGAAUUGGAACGCGACAAAGGAGGAGAAGAGGGCGCGCUACGCAGACGCCAGCAGCGCGAUUGACAACUUGCGGAGGAUCACGCCUGACGCUGCUUAUCUUAAUGAAGCAGACGUUUAUGAGCCUAACUACCAGGUCGCUUUCUGGGGCAGCCAUUAUCCAGAGCUGCUGCGCAUCAAGCAAAAAUAUGACCCUGACCAUCUCCUGGACUGCUGGCAUUGUGGUGAGUCUUUACUCUGA